AAGUCAACGUUCAACCCUCUCUAAAUUUAUACUAUUAUUUUUAUGUUUUCUCCUACACCCUUUGUCACAGUCAUUCUACUCCUCAGUGUCAAUGGACAAUGCAAACUAAAAGGAUUCACCCUCAAUCUUGAUUUCACAAAAUCACAAAACUCCUUCAUCAAGUACACGGGCUUUUCAAGUAUCUCUACGGAUAAAUUCGGCUCGCCUCACUUCCUGCGGUGCUGAGCAGUUCCUAUACCGAAUUCUCGGGAUUCCCAAUGAAGCGUUAUGGGCGCCGAACUCCAUUGACGCGUUUCCGACCCGUGUAAUGAUUUACCUACUUUUCAUGCGCGAUAUAAUACUUGGUGCUACUGCGCUUUUCUCAACUGAACUGGGCUAUUCUUUACUGGUACCCAAAAGCGCGUUAUAGCAUACCUAGCGUAAGGUCCUUGUUCAUAGAAGUGCGUAUGAGCACCUUAUACUUCCCGGACUAAAAUAAGAUAGCAUUUGAAUCCUUCGAUAUCAUUAAUCCCAAGUGACCUCUCGGGUGUGCAAGCAUCUGCGACCGUUUUCUGAUGAAGGGCAGAUACACUAUUUGAGCACACGAAGCUUGAUCCAGUGUGGUUGACGGGCUUCCAAUAAUGCCGCAACGCCCAGCAAGUGUGAUCGAAUGGGUCGCUGGCCCAGCUCCAACGAAGGCUGCAUAUCGAUCUAUUGCCGCGGCCAAGUCCAAUAUUAUCACAGUGAGCCAACCACGUAUUCGCCGGCGCCUCGCCAUCGAAGUGGAGGUUUCUGAUUUUGACACCUCUUCCGCAGUUGCUUCUGAAGAGGAACCUCCUUCGAAACCAACAACCAAAGAAAUUGAGGAGCCGAAAGUCAAAGAACCAGAUCCGGAACCAGAACCAGAACCUAAGACACCUCAGCCUGCAAAAGAGGUUGAUAAGAGAGUAAAAUUUCAAGAGCCAACGCCAAAACUUAAGUCGGCAUUGAAGAAGAAUACCCUAAAGAUCUCAACAGGGCCUCGACCAUGCGAAUGCUCACAAUGCAGAGCGCGGGAGAAAAAGAAAGAUAAAAGCAGCGCGGAAGAUUCAAGCGAUUCCGAGGAUGAGACGGAAGUUGAAAUUGAACCUACAAAUAAACGGCUGAGGAAAAAGCAGCAACCCAACAAUAAAAAUAACAACAUCCCACAACCACGAAAUCAAAAGGUCAAACAGAAUCAGAAUUUUGAAGGGAACCAAAGUCAGCGGGAUAUGAAUGCGAAACAACGUAGCGAUUAUCAAAAAACCAGAAACAGUAACCGCCAAAACAAUCAAGAUAGCUCAGACGAGUCAGAUCAAUUUGAGAGCCAAUCCGAUCAUCAAAAUCAAAGCUUAUUGGGAUACCUAGGUCGAACAAUGGAGAGACGUAUUCUUCAGGAUAUGAGGGCUGAAGUUAUACUGCGGGAGGAUGUAAUCGAAAAUCCUUCUGAUCCACGUCCAAACGCAUUUCUUGAUACAAAAAGUGGUGUCCUGCGCGUUUACCAUGGUCGGGUAUAUGGCAAUCCUUUUGCGACAUUGCUCACGCCAGCUCAAGUGCCUAUUGGUACUUUUGCUCCAGAUUCAGCACACUUUGGUGGCUCACCUUCAAUAUACAACCCGUCCAGGCCGGUAUCUUAUGAUCAGCAGCAAUCUCAACCAAACUUACCCCGCGAUUUCUCUAACAAUACUGUCAGACACAAUCCCAAUCAGAAUUUAUCUGGGCAGCGCAAUUUUUCCAGUAAUAAUUUCAACCAGAAUUCUUCCAACAAUCGGCGCCAGCAGCAAGGCAAUAGCAACAAUAAUAACAUUCCGCAGAAUACAGAUAUGCCGGGUAGUUGGGUGGAAGAUGCAAAGAACAAAGAAGAUUCCGGCUCUGGUUGGAAUAAUAACGACCAGACGAAUAAUAAUCAGGGUUCAUGUGGUUCGGGCAAUGAUGACCAAAACAACAAACAAGACUCGAACGAUUGGGGCAAUACUGGUCAGAACAGUAAUCAAAGGGUUGCGUCUGUAGGCAGUAACAAAACACAGACUUCAAACAAGCAAAAGAAUAAUAAGAAAGGUGGGAAGGGUCAAGGCAAGCAGAAUAACCAGUCCAACAACAAUUCAGGUGAUGCAUGGGGUGCAGAUAACAAUGAUCAGUCUGGCAACUCAAACAGCUGGGGUGCGAACAAUGAAACAAGUGGGAAUUCGGGCUGGGGGAAUGAUACCAAGGAAGAGGAUGCAAAUGUCGCGCCGAACAAUGACUCUUGGGGAAAUGAUAAUGGCCAGUCAAAUGACAAUUCCAACAAUCAGAGCUGGGGCUGGGGUAAUGAUAAUAAUGAGGAGUCAAAUGACACUUCGAAUAACCAGAACUCGGGUUGGGGCAAUGAUAACAACCAGGACUCGAACAAUAGCUCGAACAAUCAAGACUCGAGCUGGGGCAACAACAAUAAGCAGAACUCAAAUGACAAAUCGAGCAAUCAGAACACAGGCUGGGGAGGAAAUAACCAAGACUCCAACGAUACCUCAAACAACCAGAACUCAAGUUGGGGCAAUGAUAAUAACCAGAAUUCAGGCUGGGGUGGAGAUAACCAGGACACUAACGAUGAUGCAAAUAACCAAUCUUCUGGCUGGGGUAACAACGACAAUAAUGACCAAUCAAACUCCAACGCUCAAUACAGCAAUGACAAUUCCGGUGGUUGGGGAGGAGAUUCCGGCGGUAACAAUAAUACUACUCCAGGAGGUUGGGGAGAUCCGAAUGAGCAACAAAAUAACAGCAACUCGGGAGGCUGGGCAAACUCGAACCAGAAACAAACCAAAGGUAAUACUAAAGGUUGGGGUGGCUCUGGUAGUCAACAAAACAAUGGAAAAUCCGGCUUUCGUGUAGGUUCUGGAAAUCAAAACAACAAAUCCAAUAAUAACUCGAAGAAGCCACAAAAUAACAAGUCGAAGAAUACUCAAAAGUCUAAGGGCUACGAUGAUCCAGAAUGGAUUGCCUACAACAACGAUCAAGAAGAUGAUGAAGGUAACCAAAAAGACGAUGAUGGAGGAUGGGGGAGGAAAUCUAAUACAAAUUACAACGUAGUUCAAAGUUCCAAGGGUAAAGGAUGGAACAACAAGAAAAACAAUCAGAACAAUGGUGGUCGAAAAGAAAACUCCAGCAACCGAGGGAGUCAAUGGGGAGGGGAUGGACAUAAUUCUGGCGAGGGAGGAGACCAAGAUGAUGAUGGAGAAGAAGGCAAUCCGCAAUUUCGUGAUCAUACACCCACAAGCAGUGAGAUUUUGAGGAACUGGGACAAUAUAGACCAGGGCAGAUGUUCAAACUUUCCCAACAUUGGUGGUUAUGAUGGUGGUCGCAAACCUCGUCAUACAAGGACUCCUACUGCUCUCUCUUUGGCUGGAAGCUGGGCCUCAUCUGAACCUAGCGAGAAUGGUGGCAAUGGUGGCUAUACUGGCAGAAUUCGCAAGGCUAGUAAGGCUAGUAAAGGCGGAAAGAGUGUUAAAGCUGGCAAAUCUGUCAAUAAUGGCUAUGAUAAUAGCUCUGGAAGCAGUGGAUGGAACAACACUGGCCCAAAUGGUGGCUGGUAAAGGGGCUCACAAUUUUAGUACUCCAUAACUACGGAUGCGGAGCAUGUCACGUUUGUAUUGUACGAUUAUGGUGAAGAGAUGAGGGGAAAAUUUUCUGUUCAGAUCGUUUGCGAAAUUCUGUACUUUGCGCAAUAUUUGACCAGUUUAAUUCUCUAAAUUAUGGCAGGGCACUUUGCCCAUUUGUACAUAUAUCAUACAUAUUAGCUUUAUGGGUUGCAAUGAUGGGAUGAAGAGAUAUCUUUGCUUCGAGAUACUGUGAGGUUUAAUACAUGGUCAUAAUAGCAUUAGGUAGAAAUUAUUGAAAUGGCAA